AUGCCGCGAACAACAUUACCCCGACGAGGCAGGGUCCGACCUGGAAACUUCCAGAAACCUCGAAACCACCGCGACCGCGAGGAAGAAAUUCCCCAAGUCUAUCGUGAAUUAUUAGCCGAAGCAGAUGCGCGCGCUGGGGAUGAACCACAGUCGGAAAGACCGAUUAAACGUCGAAGAGUUGGGGAAAGGGCACAACAUACCCAUAAUGUACAGACAGAUACAGACAUCCAAGAUUCUCCAAGCUCAAACAACGUUAUCGAUUUGACACAAGCGCAAACUAUCUAUGACCUUGACGCCGAAGAUUCGUCCGAAGAUGAAUCGGAUAUGGAGUGGGAGGAGGUUAUUGUGCAACAGCCAGCCACAGGUAUUCAGAAUUCUGUACAUACGGGAGGUGACGAAUCUUUGGACAUCACACUCGAGGAACCCACCGUACGAAGGACGCUUGUCAGAAGACGUAAACCAGUCACUGGAUCCGAGAAGAGACUUCGUUUGGAUAUUCACAAGGCUCAUGUUCUUUGCUUGCUGGGCCACGUAUAUACGCGUAAUUUGUGGUGUAACGAUGAUGACGUUCAAAAGUAUCUCAAGCAGAUGUUGCCGAAGCAGACUAUAUCGCUCUUGAACCCGAGGGAAUCCAUGCCUCAGUUUCAGCGAUCUACGACUUUUAUCGACGGUUUGAAAGAAGCGAGUGAGGCUUUUGUGCGACGAUUCAAGGUUACAGCGCCUGGCCUGAGGCGGCCAUAUUGGGCGGAAAAUGUGCAAGAGUGCAAAGAUAGAGCAGCUUCGAUCAUGCGCGAUGGAGAGAUCAUAUCGACCCGGGAAGAAUUCCGAGAACAGGCAAAGAAGCUUCACGGUUCGCGUGAUUUUGGUGCCCAGUUAUUUUGUGCGCUACUACGCUCAGCUGCGGUUGAGGCACGGCUUGUAUGCUCUCUGCAGGUGCUACCUUUCUCCGGAGUCGCAAAGGGCAUCAGCCCCGAGAAACCAAAACGAGACUAUAUAGUAAUAUCCUCCGAUGACAAUCUGAGUUCAAGCGAUGACAAAAUUGUCGCGCAAAGUAGUAGUCUACCUGCUAAGGGGCGCAGACUUGGACAGCCGUCUUUCAAAACACAAGUGCGCCCCUCAUCCUCCAACAAUUUACACCGUCCACGAAGCUUCACAAGUUCUCCAUACCCUGUCUUCUGGGUCGAAGUCUUCAACGAAGCUGUUCAAAAAUGGAUUCCUGUCGACCCUCUCGUCACGAAAACCGUGGCGAGGCCAUCCAAAUUUGAGCCCCCUGCAAGCGAUAGACAUAAUAACAUGUCGUACGUGGUAGCGUUCGAAGAAGAUGCCUCUGCACGAGACGUUACAAGGCGGUACGCCAAAGCGUACAAUGCAAAAAUGCGGAAAACACGGGUGGAAAGCACCAAGGAUGGCGAAACAUGGUGGACCAACGUUAUGAACUACUUCGAGAAACCUUUCUUAGAAGAUCGGGAUCAACUGGAGUUUAGUGAGUUUACGGCAAAAUCAGCGGCUGAGCCGAUGCCCCGGAAUAUCCAAGACUUUAAAGAUCAUCCCGUCUAUGCGUUAGAAAGACACCUUCGACACAAUGAAGUAAUUCAUCCAAAGAGGAAGAUCGGUCAGGUUGAGGCUGGUAAAUCAGGCUCCAAGAAGGGUACCGUGGUCGAACCCGUUUAUCGCCGUGCGGAUGUACAUUUGGUUAGAACCGCUGAUGGCUGGUAUCGACUUGGACGAGAUAUCAAGAUUGGGGAACAACCACUCAAGCGUGUCGCUGCUUCGCAAAGAAGGGAUGAGAGUGAUGACGAUCCAGAUGCUAUCUCUGGUGCGGAGAGAACGCUGUACGCCCUGUAUCAAACCGAGUUGUACAAACCGCCGCCAGUCGUCAACGGCAAAAUCCCUAAGAACGCAUAUGGCAAUCUGGAUGUUUAUGUUCCUACUAUGAUACCUCCCGGAGGAUUUCAUCUCAAGCAUCCUGAAGCAGCCCGCGCAGCUCGAAUUCUCGGAGUCGACUACGCCGCUGCCGUGACGGGAUUUGAAUUCAAAGGUCGUCAUGGUACAGCCGUGGUCAACGGUGUUAUUGCAGCAUCAGAGCAUCGUGAAGCUUUGGAAGAAGUUAUCAGGUGCAUUGAAGAUGAACGGAUCCAGGAGGAACUUGACAGGAGAACGGAGGAGGCACUACGUCUAUGGAAACAUUUCUUGUUGAAAUUACGCAUUGCACAAAAAGUAAAGAGUUAUGUCAUUGAAGGAGAAGCUUCUGAAGGGGAAGAGGAAGUUUUAGAAAAGGAUGGACAUGUGAGUGAUGAUGCUUCAGAUGAUCCAGACUUUGCGGAUGGAGGUGGAUUCAUUGCAGACGAUGAUGUAGGCGAGUCUGCGAGCGGCGGCGGGUUUAUUCCGGAAGAUAAUGAAACCAGCUCUGCGGACGGGGGCGGUUUCAUCCCAGAGGAUGAUGGACACGACCUUUCAUUGGAGAAUAACGAUUUUGGCAAUAGUUUGGAUUCAGAAAAUCAUGAAGGUGGUGGUUUCAUCAUGAAUGAAAGCGAUGGCCUGAACUCAGAAAGUCGUAAUGACGGUGGUUUUAUCACAGAUGAACAUUCGCCGGCUACUGACAGAGAUUCGCCUUAUAAUAAAUCUGUCGAGGAUACAAAUAACGUUCAGCAAUCAGCAGUAACUGAGCGCAAUGUACCGAGAUCGAAGAAAAAUAUACCACGCUACAAAUUAAUUGUGAUACCCAAUACAACGACCAUUGAAAUCUCGUCCAGCACGUCAGUUCAGUCGGCCAAGAAAGCAGCCGAAGAGAAAGAUGUUGCACAAGCCAGCAUGAACAUAUCUGAUGGUGUGGUUCCAGCCGACGGCCUCUCUGAAGCUGCGCCCAUUCAACUUGAUUCAUCUAGCGAUCAAGCAUCGGCCGCGAUGAGCGUGGAUCUCAAUUCGCAAGGCCCAGAAGAGCCCAAGUCACCGGAACAAUUUGUGCAACCAGCAGACAGUGAGUCCGACUCAGCCUUGGAGAAAGAAUCACUGUUGUCUCAUGAUCCUGAAGACGAGGAUGCCGAACCUGAGUGGCUUCUAUCUGAUUAA